UCAUAUCGCAACGGCCUGAGGCAGAAACGCCCGGAGCAAAGCGGAGGGUUUACACAGGAUAUAGUGUACGUUUCCUCAUCUGAUUCCAAGCGGCUGCUAACACACAUCAAGCUCUUUAGGGGACUCCUUAUAAUUCUUGCAACCUCAUUGGUAUUGGCCGUCGUGGCUCUUGCGGUUCUUUUUUGGCAUAUUCUUUACACGUCAAGCAUUAUAGGGAAGGUAAUUAUCGGGUUAUCUUGCUUCUGCUCUUCAGUUUCCCUUGGUUAUAAGGGCUGGAAACUUCUCUUUCCGCUUUCCGCAACUAUUUUUCAGGCUAGGAGUUAUAAUGAAUCGAACAUCGUCACAAUUAAAGCAGAGUUGAAACAAAAAGGAUCGCUUCAUGUGACUCCAGGUAGCUACUUCUUAAUUUCGGUCCGACAUCACAUACCUUCUAUUGCCGCUAUUACUGUUCUCUGCGGCUCGGAGACCAAUAGGACCACGAGCGCCCUCAAAUUUAUUUUCUCGGAGAGCAGCUGGAAUCAAAGCUUGAUUGCACUCAAGCCAAGCGAUAAGAUCUCUCUUAAUGGACCAUAUAGUAAAGACUACGGGCUUGAAAAUUACGAAAAUGUUAUACUUCUCGCCAAAGGCAUCGGAAUCAUCGGCCUUCUGCCCCUUGCUGUUGAUCUUGCAGAACGCAAAUACCACGAUAGCGAUAUCCAAAAUCAGAUCUUAAAGCAUAAAGCUCAACGAAACGAACUAUUUAGAAAUCGUUUCGAGGAAUGGGAAGAGACAAGGCGGGAUCUAGAGAGAAAGAGAUGCUUUUUAGACGCCACCAAAAAGAAGCUUCUAGUAGUCUGGUGUCGAUAUAAAGCCCUGGCUAAAACGCCAACUGAAACAUCGGAAACGGGGGUCAGUAAGCUAGAGAAAUACUCUCCGCCGUUCUAUGUUCCUAAAGAUAAUUAG